AAAAGCCCUGCAAGGUUUAACGAAACACCACAGCUCACCAGCUUCACACAGGUUCAGACAAGGAAACCAACUGCGUGCACCGUUUCCCACACACCCAAGUGCCAACAUCCAUCCUCGCAGCACUUAAUAUCGCCGUUCAUUGCUUCACAAUGCCCAAGACAAAGCCAAGCAAACGCCCUGCUGGUAAAUAUUUCAGUCACAGAACCACCCCACGGCAAGCUUGCUACCCCCAUAUAGUUACAUUUCACUGCUCGGUGACGAAUCUGCAGUCCCUCGACCAUACUGGCGGUUAGGAUGAGCGUGCUGUUGAGCCUCCUUUCAUUGAUUGCCCCCGAAUUUUCGGAAGCGCGGCAUGAUAUGCAAUUUGGUUGCAAGCUCAUCUGCCAGACGCCGCCAGUUGAACUGCACAUUGCAAAGGUCACAAUCACGAGCGCGAGAUGAAUACGUAACUACGACGGUUAAGUACAUAUAUGCUUCUUUAUCGAUCCUUCAUCCUUUUGUUGUUUGACUUUUAUGAUCGUGGUCUCAUAGUCCUUCAUUCGUAGCACGACUCCCAGCUACCAAAGAGGGAUAUGCCAAGCAUUCGCGACUCUCCCAAGAGGGGAAGAUCUGUUAUCGGUGUUCCAAGUCCACGAAGGUUGUGGGGCCUCUGAUAAAGGUCGGCAAACAUCAUAGAUGUGAGGGUUGUGACAAGGAAGCGAAGGAAUUUUCCUUAUUGGCUCAAGAAGGGAAAGUUUGCGGAAAUUGUGGUUACGAGCCCGACCAGGUCGGAGCGUUGACUAAGGGCGGAAAACUUUAUUACUGCAAAGAGUGCCAUAUUCAAAGAAGAGAUGCACGUGAGCGCCGAAACAAAGAGUCGCAGGAUGCCGUUAGAUGCCUUCGUUGUCCUGCUGUGUUGGAUCUGCUCCUGUACGGGAAUUAUCAUUACUGUAAGGCAUGCUUGCCCAGUUGGAAUGGUCGGCGUCCGAACUUGAAGAGUCAGUCUGCAGAUUCUCGGCCGGUGUGGGUGCCUAAAUUUACUCCUCCUUACACCUAUCUGGAUCUCCUACAUUAUCCGACCGAAGUCCAAAGACGCAUGCGGACAGUAACAUUUGUGCCCCCAACUGAUAAUAAGAAGAUCAUCUUCUUUGACUUCGAGUGGGCAUUUAUGAAGGCGAGAAUGAAACACGAAGAUGUCAGGCCGUAUCAUGUGGGCUGGAAAAUACUCCAUAAGCCGGCUCAGUCUCAGUACAUCAACGUCCAUGGAACGAGAUUUUCUGAAUCGGACUUAGCUACCCUGUGGCAUAAGCAGUUUCUGCACGACACUUGUGUAUUUGUUUCGUGGUCUACGAACGACGUUGAUAAGAACAUUUUGACACGUAUAUACACUGACAAAUAUGGCGAGAUUCCCACGCACUGGUCGUUCUUUAACCCAUUUUGGUCUGCACAAGCAAUUUGGCGACCGAAACCCAGGGGCAUGAGCGUGAAUGCCGCCGCGUCGAUUACCCAUGUGCUAGACGGUUAUUUUCCUUCUCUUCGGCUGGAUUAUAUUUCCCCCAUUUUGUUCCCCGGCUAUAAUCUCGAAUUCCACCGGCCGGAUGAUGAUUGUAAAGCCCUAGAACUGAUCUACCUUCUGCUGAACGCCGUGUGGGAACGGAAGGAUGUUAAGGAGGUGAUGAAUGGUCUGGGAGGCAGCAUUGUGGGAAAAUCAGUUGAAAACCCGAAACCACGCCGCCGGGUGGAAUAUAGCAAUGAUGAGGAGGAACCUUCUCCGACAACACCCCGCCGAGUAGCGUAUAGCAGUGAAGAAUACGAUGACGACGAUGAAGCUGCUUCCUCUUCCUGGAAUGUUGAAAACCCCAACCGCAUAACCAAAACCCAUCUAAAAGUCGGCGACCUCGGCUCCAACAAUACUGUAGAUAGCGAGGCCGAAGCCUGUGAAAGGCCCAUCAGGGUGCGAAGACGGGUUGUUGUGGAGAACGGAGCAGAGGAGAUGGACGAUUGUGCAAAUCCUCCGGCUAGAAAGAAGAGGAAAACUGUGGCAAAGGUGCGUAAUUGUUUUUGUUUACUGCGUACUCUGAUUGUUAUAGUUCUAGGAAACUUCGCGAGUGUCUUCUCCUGUCCGGUAUCACGCCCGUAGUUAUCAUUUGCGUGCAAUCAGCCUUAGGAGGUACAUCCUUGCAUACGCUCUAUGAGCUAACUGGUGCAUCAAUGGGUUAUCUGGCCUUCAUUACAAAGUGACUGGUUGCGCACUAAGCAAACCAUGAUAUCUACAUAUGGGGUUCCCGUGAUACCAAUAUGGACGCGAGUGAGAUGACAUUGCAUGAGGGAGUACCUUUCAUAUCGUCUUGCAUACUGGAACUGUACUAAAGUUGUACCCUUGUAGGAUAUUGUCUCAGAAGUCCCUGAGACUACGACUCUUUCAAUGAAGGAAGCGCUAGUAAUGCUGAUCAAUCACAAGUCUUCAGCCCCCUUCGUAGCGCCUGUGAAUCCAUUGGUGGCGCCAGGGUAUUAUGAACUUAUACGGGAGCCGAUGGACCUUCUUACAAUGCGCACGAAGGUGCAAGCGGGCGAGUAUAAUUUGGACGGCUUCAUCAAAGAUUUCCGAAACAUUAUCUCGAAUUGCUUCACGUAUAAUCAACCGCACAGCGGAAUCUGCACCCUCGCGAACGCACUGGCGGAUUAUUUCAACCAUCAUAUACUGCCAUUCUUGACAACGGCCAAAGCACCCAAACAGCGGGAUGCGACAGAUGUGCCGGAAGAUAUGGACACCAGGGAUAUUGAUCUUAUUUAGACUUUGACACUUUCUUGUAAAUAAUGCGUAUUCAAAGAGAACAGAAGCAUGAGAUCUCUAGUUCG